GUAUGUAAACUUCCAGUUUUGCUUAGAAAACUAAUUAUUACAGAAAAGUUUUUCAAAAGAAAUUCAAGUUUUUCAUAUGUAUUAUAUCUGCAUUCCUCAUGUUUUAGCUGCAACAAAUAUGAAGUGGAUUGAAGCUAAGAUGAAAGAGCUAGGUGUGAGCACAAAUGCAAAUUACAAGAUUACCUUCAUGUUGGACAGUGCUGCUAUGAUCACAGUGCAUACUCCAAGAAGAGGACUAAUAGAUGUAAAGCCUCUUGGUGUCAUCUGGGGAAAGUUUUCAGAGUUUUACAGCAAAAAAAACACUAUUAUGUUUGAUGACAUAGGAAGAAAUUUUCUCAUGAACCCACAGAAUGGAUUAAAGAUAAGGCCUUUUAUGAAAGCACACCUAAAUCGAGAUAAAGACAAAGAACUCUUAAAGUUAACUCAGUACCUCAAGGAAAUAGCAAAAUUAGAUGACUUUUUGGACUUAAAUCACAAAUAUUGGGAGAGGUAUCUCUCAAAGAAGCAAGGACAGUAGUUACAAGUUAAAUCAGCAGUUACUGAAGAUAUGUGAAAUCCAGGAACUUCUUGCUUUGAUGCUAGAAAUCGUUAUUAUAGUGCUGGACACUGAAACAAAUAACAGACAGCUUAUACUUGGUCUUCCAGUUUUUGUAAAUUUAAUUUUAUAUUUUUUGAAGAUCAUAGCAAUAUGCUUUAAAAAAAAAUCCCCCCUCAUAAGAAUAUACUGUUAUUCUGGAAAAAAAAAUUUUUUCUCCAGCAUUGAUUACUGUUUUUACCAUAUACCCCAACACAUGAAAGUGGACAAAAAUGUAUAUUUAAGUGUCACUUUGUGACUUAGAAAAUAAGUUAUGUCUGUA